GGAGCCGGUUCCAUCGCGGAGGUCCCCCAUGCCCCAUGCCGCGCCAUCUUUCCUCCACUUCGCCAAGCACCCACCGCUGAUGAUCUCCGCAUGGCGCGCCUCAUCACCCAAGCCGCCGAGCUACCCCAACAAACCCCCCAAGCCGAGAUCUCCAUCCAGCUCAUGCAUUGCUGUGCAGAUCUGGGAGGCAGGGGUGGACUGCCGAGGGCGGGCAGCUGUAUAUCUGGGAGGCAAAGGGGCGAGGGAUUGACUGUCGAGGGCGGGCCGCUGCAAAUCGACUGCAAUGGCAAGGGCGCGCUCUUCAUCAUCGCCGAGUGCUGUGGUAUGGCGGUAGUCGAUGGCGUCGAAGCAGACUGAGACUCUGAGAGGGAGUGCUUGCAUCAUGCAGCCGAGACAUUUGCCAUGGAUGAUGUUCUCGGGAGCGCACACGUCGAGGUUCAGUUCGGAGACCUGGAGCAGCAGAUUCAGGUGGCGGUGGAGUCCUGCCCUGUGGACUGCAUCCACUGGGUUGAGAGCCAGGAGCUUCCGAUGCUGGAGUUCCUGUCACGUCCACAGCCGAAGGAAGGCCAUGGCAUCUUCGGUGGCGGAUGGGAGAGGCCGAGGAACGUGUUUGCAGCAGCCAAGAACUUGGCCAAGAGAUUCGAAAGGGAGGAACAGGAGCUGGAAUGGGAGCAAUCCUCCGGAAGUCUCAAUGGUCGAUGCUAAUGCGUCGCCGUGCAGAUCUGGGAGCUCAUGCAUCGCCAAAAUUCAGAUCCAAGGAUCAUUGAUGUAAAGGCAUUAUUCAGAUUUCAGACCAAAAUUCAGAUCCUUGCUCAUUUUGAUGUAUACUGUGAUAACAAUGUUUACAAGAAAUAUUCUUGGUUCUUGUCAAUUCUUUAUUGGAAUGAAUGAUAGAUAUAUAUUAUUGAUGUUUUGGUAAGAGAUCAUAUGUGCAAUGGAUCUUGAUAUUC